UUUGUUUUCAUUCGUCUGUCUCGCGGGCUAUGCUUUGUUAUGGCGGUAUCGUUCAAAACUUACCAAAGUUCAGACGUCAACUGCGGAAAUCUUUAAAUACCCGGCUCGACAACCCAAACUAAGGGUUUGAGCCAGGUCAGCAACAGCAUGAUGUCAUCACCAGCUGGGCUCCAGCAGGGGCAGAUUAACUUCAUCUCUCAGUGGGUGCCGGAAAUCACUCAUGCUGGAGUAAUACUGCAUGGCUCACCUGGAGAAGCUGGUUCUGGAUCAGUUCGGAGCAGUGCCAGUCUGGUGGUUCAGGAUCCAGAUGACUCCUUCAUUUCUCAGUUUGCCCCACUGCCCAUCUCCAGGAGCAGCAGCUGUGCCAGUGUGGACAUGUGCAGUUUGGGUGGAGGCAGAAAAACACUUGGGCAAACUCAGCUGUCUUAUGCUUCUUUGAACAGUGAGAUGCAAAGUAUCCAAGACAUUUUAAGAAACACACGAGACCUCCCAUUAAUAGCCAAGCUUGAACAGCUGAAGCAAAUGCAAUAUCGCAUGCAGGAGCAGCUCAAUGCCCACCAGCAAGAACAGUUGCUAAGACUACAACGUGAACCGCAAAGGCUUCUGGCAAUACCACAGAAUACUACAGAGACCUCUGUGUGGAACCAGGAACCAAGUGUGGAGGAGCUGAACACUGAACAUGACAGCCAUUAUGAACAUGAAGAAUCUCUUCAGUCCACAACUGAAGAUCAAACUGUGUACAGAAAAGAGUCUGACCCAGAGCCACAGGACAGACCCAUUAAAUCAGGCUUUGGUGGGAGAACAUUCGAGGAAAUACUGGAAGAACAGCUGAAGAUGGAAAACCAGAAAUUGACAAACGAGAAUCCACCUGCUAAAAGUGUAAAGGUAAAGAGACCCUUUCUUAAAUGUGGAGAAGGUCUGGCCAGGUUUACUAGAGGAAAAGCCGCUGUACCAUCACACAGAAAAAGUCCACCUAACCCCAAGCCAUCCUCAGGCCAAAAUACAAAAAAUUCUCAAGUCCUGGACAUGAAAUCCAAGAGGAACUCCAUAAUCAAAUCUGAAGGCUCAAAAUCCACACAUCCAGUGAUCCAACGCAAGACAGCUGUGCUAAAUAAAGAGAACUUUCCUCAGAACAAAACCACUGGACCAGUCACCAAGAUGACCCUUCAACCUCAUGUUCUUGGUGUACACCAGGGUCAAAAUAUGGGCCAUUACAAUAAUGCCACUACAACAGACUCUAGUAAGGAAAGAGAAUGUAAUCGUAUGAAGGAUAACGCUAAUGUUGCAGAAAACUCAUUUGAAGUGUGGUUCACAGAGCGAAGGGAGCAUUGGGAGCAAGAUCACAAGCGUGAGCGUGCCGAACUCGGAGAGUUUGAGUUACUAGAACGAGCAGCAGAUGAAAUCUCUUUCUCCAGCAACUCAUCCUUUAUCAGCACCCUGCUUCAGAGAGACAGCAGGCGUCUCUCCUCAACACCCAUAAAAUCUACUGGUCAAUCUACACUACCGAGUCACACUCUAGGUCCCACUGCAGCUCCUGGUGUCAUGUUUGGUCAAAGAGCACCGGUGCCUCCUAUAAACACUGCAAUACAAAAAGAUAUUGUUAGCAAAGAGCCGAAAGAACUUUGUGAUGAGCAAAUCAAUGAGAAGUUUGAUGACUCACAAUGCAGUAACUCUGAGCUGGAACCUCUUCCCAACAUGUCUAAUCCACCCAUAAACCACUUUCAAGAGCCCAUCACUCUUCCUUAUGAUAAACGCACCUAUCAAGACAGAGACGGUGCCAGCAGUCCAGAGGGGGAUGAUGGGAAUUCAAGUAAUAAUGGAGACUCCACUCUCAAAGAUUCCAGAACUCGGUUAGAGUUUGAUGACGAUGAUACCUGGAAUGAAGAGGAGUUCUCCUGUCCAGCGGAGGAAUCUCCACCAGAGAGGAUGCUGAAAAGAAAGGUUGCCUUCUCUAAGGGGGUGAAACCAGUAGGAGGGAGCCCAAAGGCAGGUGGAAAUCAAAAAGAAGCUCAGUCAACAUGCCAGUUGGUAGCAACGCUGUUUCCAGCGCUAAAGACUAAACCAUCUCCUCCAGUAAUGGUGCCAGAGCCACAGAACAUGCCCAGUGAGGAAGGAGCAGCUCAGUCAAGACUUAGUGAGCGUUUGGUGGAGCUGGAAACAGAGAUUGAAAGGUUCAAAUCUGAGAAUGCAGCUCUGGCCAGAUUAAAGCAAGAGAACCAGGACACACGAGAAAACCUUAAAAAAGACAAGGCCGACUUUGAAAAGAAGAGGAUAGAGGAAACUGCUAAGUGGGAGGAGUAUAAAAGAGAGGAAAACAAGAAACUGCAGCGUGAAAAGAAGCUUUUUGAAAAGCAUGCAGCAACUGUGAGAGCAAGACCUGACAAACAAGAACGAGAUGAGAUCCAGGCUCUAAAGCAGCAGUUGAACAUGAUGCAGGAGGAUUUGCGCAAACGAGAGGCUCGCUGGAGCAACACACAGAACCGUCUCCGGCAGCAGAUGGAGACUCUGAGUACAGAAAACGCAUCCCUCAGAAACCAAGUGCGGACACUGGAGAAACUGCGUCUCAGUGCCUGGAAGAGUGCUGAGAAAGAAAAGGAAAAAGGACGAUCCUCUGCAUCUAGCAGUAGAAUCAGUUCUGGAUCCAAAUCUACAGAUUCCAAGAGUCCAUCUCACAGUUCAAAAGGCAACAGCAGCAGAAAGGGAAGUCCAGAGACCCAGAUCUCUCUCACAGACUCUGCUUUUUUUCCUGAACAAGUCAAAGAAACACCGAGCUUCAAAUCAGAGCUCAGCCCAGUGGGAAACCAGUGUUCAGGUGUACUGGUUAUGAACGAGAGAAGCCAUAAUGCGCCACUGAAUAACUCUCUGCCUAAAUUGGCUGUCAUUGGACAGACAGAUGGGGAACAGGAAGAAACGCAGUCAGACAACAAGAUUGAGAAGAUGCUUCCAGAUGGAGGCCGACUUGUUGUCUUUCCAAAUGGCACCAGGAAAGAGCUUUCUGCUGAUGGACAGACUGUAAAAGUUAUGUUUUUCAAUGGAGAUGUGAAACAUACAAUGCCUGAUCAAAGAGUGAUUUAUUACUACGCAGAGGCUCAGACCACACACAUCACUUAUCCUGAUGGGAUGGAAGUGCUUCAGUUUCCCAACAAUCAAACAGAGAAACACUUCCCAGAUGGUCGUAAGGAAAUCACUUUCCCUGAUCAGACAGUCAAGACUCUUCAUCCUGAUGGAAGAGAGGAAAGUGUGCUCACAGAUGGAACAAUAAUACAGCUGAAUCCGGAUGGUAGUAAGGUGAUCCAGUUUAACACAGGUCAGCGAGAGAUCCACACUGCAGAUUUUAAAAGACGGGAAUAUCCUGAUGGUACGGUUAAAACUGUUUAUUCAGAUGGACGUCAGGAGACGCAGUACCCAACAGGACGGGUGCGGCUAAAAGAUGCACAGGGUAAAGUCAUUAUGGACACUAAACCUUGAAAACAACGGGACUUGAAUGAAUUUUUUUG